ACAAGCGCACCCGGUGCACCGACAGAAAUGGCCACCACGGAAGUGGAACGCCGGCGCGGCCAGCUGGCUGCUCUGUCCAUCGCGGUGGUGGUCGUGGUGGUGGGAGUCCCGCUGUGGUGGAGAACCACGGAGACGUACCGGGCCUGGCUGCCCGUCAGCCAGAUACUGGAACUGGCAAAACUGCAGCUUCACCUGAGUGCUGACGUGGAGGUGGUGUUUGCACGCGGCACCGUCACGCCUGAGCAGCAGAAGAAGUUCCCGCUGACGCAGACGCAGGACGAGGAACAUCCUGUGGAUGAGGAAACAGCUCUGAGAUACAGGUACGAAACCAGGUACCGCACGGCAACCGUCAUGGAGGAGGACGCGCUGAACAAGCCCACGGCUGCAGAGGCGGAUCUGUCUCUGCACACGCUCAGUGAGAGUCCAUGCGGCUCCCUGGUCGUGUACGUGAUCCCCGAGUCGUCCUCACUGCUGCCAGAGGACGUGAACGUGUACGUCGGGCAGCGUCGGACGGCGCUGCUGCGCGGCGAUGCCCAGAUGAGAGCGGGGAAGACGCUGGAGCAGCUGCUGGCUCAGGUGCAGCCGGGGAUCAAACGGGUGCUGCAGGUGAUGUCGUUCAACCACGCCGACAUCACGGCUGCGCUCAGCGACCGCGUCCGCUUCAACCCCGGCAGCAAGGAGAGCAUCGCCGACAGCAUGAGAGCCUUCAAAUCCAGCCCAGGAUAUGAGAUCACGUUCAGUCUGCUGAACCCCGACCCAAAGUCCCACCGGCUGCACUGGGACAUAGAGGGAGCCGUUCAGACCUUCAUCCAGCCGCUGCUUAAGAAACUGUCUCCGGUGUCCAACUUCAGCAUCGACUCCCAGACGCUGUACUACGCCAUGCUUGGCGUCAACCCGCGCUUCGACACCGGCCUCAGCGCCUUCACGCUCAACGCCGACAGCCUCGCACACGUGAUCAACCCGGUGGAGGCCCGGCUCGGGUCUAAUGCUGCUUCCUCCAACCCGGUGCUGAACUUUCUUCUGUACGUCCCGGACGCGCAUCAUUCCCCCCUUCUCAUCCAGGAUCACAAGAAACAGGAAACUCCCUCUAAUGCUUUUCACUCCCCACGAUGGGGGGGAAUUAUGGUUUAUAAUGUUGACAGUUUUUACGGGCCAGAGCCAGAGUUCCCCGUCGACAUCGACAUCAACAUGGCUAAAGUCAUGGGAGUCUUCCUCGCUCAACUACGGCUGCUGCUGGGUGUGCAGUCGUCUGCGCCCCCCCCUGGUUUCCUGAUCGCUCCCUGCAGCAGAACCGGCCUGGCGGACUGGGAGCUGGACCGGCUCAUGUGGAGCCGCAGCGUGGAAAACGUUGCCACGGCAACCACCACCAUCACGUCUCUGGCGCAGCUGUUGGACCAGAUCGGAAACAUCGUCAUCAACGACAACAUCGCCCAGCAGGUUUCCAGCGCUGUGACGUCUCUGCAGCUGGCGGUGGCUGAGCUGGAGGCCGGGAACCUGGGCUUCGCCCUGCAGUACAGUAAAGAGGCCAUCCUGGCCUCCGAGAAGGCUUUCUUUGACCCUUCACUCCUACAUCUACUCUACUUCCCCGACGACCAGAAGUUUGCCAUCUACAUUCCUCUCUUUCUGCCCAUGUGUGUGCCUAUCCUGCUGUCGCUGCUUAAAAUACUAUCUGAGUUGAGACAGAAGUACAAAGAAAAGCAGGCCAAGAAGGACUGAGAUGUUAUUAACAAAGAAACAUGGAAUCAAAUAACUGUUUUGUUUGUGGUUUUAAGCCAUGCAG